AUGCAUCUCCGUUCUCUGUGCGUACCGUUCUCCACCACGCCCGACCCGGCCUCACUCCGUUUGUGUGCCAUCCGUUUCCGUGCAAAUCCCGAACGACUCGUUGGACUCAAACGGUACCUGUGUUCCCUCGCAGUACCUGUUCCCUCACAUCCUUGUUCCGUUUUUUUCCAUCCCGUGUCCGUUCUCUUUACCGAAUUCGCAGCAACUGACAACGAGACUCUGAUCGACGGUCAGCUGGCGUCGCGCUCAACGGACGAGGAGCCGCUGGUCGAAUCGCGGCUGGCGUGCGGCGACGCAGUGGCAGCGGAAGUCGCGGAGGCGAUACUGAAGGACGAGGUCGUUCGCAGGCUGGAUGAGCUGGGAAACGUCAGCGACUCGGCGCAUUACUUGCAGCGCACGUUUCUCAGCGACGCGUCGAUGCGCGCCGCGGCGCUCGUCAGCGAUUGGAUGGAGGAGGCCGGCAUGUACACGUGGAUGGACGCGGUUGGCAACGUGCACGGCCGCGUCGACGGACCGCACCCCGACGCGCCCGUGCUGUUGCUCGGCUCGCAUCUGGACACGGUGGUGGACGCCGGUCGCUUCGACGGGGCACUGGGCGUGGUCACGGCCAUCGCAGCAGUCAAGCUCUUCCUCACAGCUUGCGGAUCAGCGGCGCUGCCUCGCCCCGUGGAGAUCAUCGCGUUCAGCGAUGAGGAGGGCAUGCGAUUCCAGUCAACGUUCCUGGGCAGCAGGGCGAUUGCAGGGAGCCUCUCAGCUGAGAUGCUGCAGAUGAAGGACCGCGAAACAUCCGCAGCAGGAAAACGAGCAGCAGCAGCACCAGCAACACCAGCAGACGGGCCAGCAGACGUGCGUACAGCUCGCUACCUCCCUGAGAACGUAUGGGGCUACGUGGAAGCACACUUAGAGCAAGGCCCCGUGCUGGAAUCCCUAGGGAAGCCGCUGGGGGUGGUGCUGGGGAUAGCAGGGCAGACGCGGGCGGAGGUGACUAUAGAGGGCGAGCAGGGGCACGCGGGGACGGUGCCUAUGCGGCUGAGGAGGGACGCUGUGGCUGGCGCUGCUGCUGCUGUGGUGGCUGUAGAGUCUGUUUGCUUGGGAAUGCUGAGAGAGGAGGAGGAGGAGCAGGAGGAGCAGGAGGAGGGGGAGGAGGAGGAGGGUUUGGGAGGGAGAUGCUGGAGUGGUGGUAACAGCAGCAGCAGCAGCAGCAGCGGCAGAAGCAGCAGCAGCAGCAGUGGGAGUGAGGGAGGGAGUGGGGCAGCAAGUGGGGCAGGCAGUGGGUUGGUGUGCACGGUGGGGAAGGUGGUGGCAUGGCCGGGGGAGAGCAACGUGAUAGCAGGCAGAGUGACUUUCACUCUGGACGUGCGGGCGCGGAGCAACAGCGUGAGGCACGCUGCUGUAGCGGGGAUUGAGAGGGAGAUUCGGCGGAUCUGCAGCGAUCGAGGGCUGUCGUGCAGGUUCGCAGUGAAGCAUCAAGCCGACACGGUGGACUGCUCGCCUCCCCUCGUCUCCGUGCUUCACCAGGCAGCACUCCUUGCCGUCACUGCGUCACACCCCACCUCAAUAGCCUCUGCUGCUGGCCCUGAUGCUGCUCCUGCGAAUGACGCUGCUGCUGCAGCUAGAGCUGCUAGAGGGUUCCAAUGUGCCGCAACUGGCAGCAGUGGUGGUGGCAGUCAAAACAGUUGUGAAGUGACUGAUGGGUGCACGAGGGGCGAGGGUGGGGCGCAAGGGCGGCAAGAGGAGCAAGGGCGGCAAGAGGAGCAAGGGCGGCAAGAGGAGCAAGGGCGGCAAGGGGAGGAAGGAUGGCGAAGUCAGCAAGGGCGGCAAUGGCAACAGGUUCCUCAACUUGUCAGCGGGGCGGGACAUGAUGCCAUGGCAAUGGCAGAUCUCACCCAGGUUGCGAUGCUGUUUGUGCGAUGUCGAGGGGGUGUGAGUCAUCGCCCGGAUGAGUUUGUUUCCCCACACGACCUCCACAUGGCGUCUUCUGCUAUCUUUAGAUUGCUUUUAUUAAUGCCUUCAGUGCAGUCAUUGUGA